AUGCCCUCUCAACGCCGUCCCCCGAACCUCCGCCGCCUCCUUGGAAAGCUGAGCCUCCGUUCCCGCAAGAAAUAUGAUUCCAGACUCCUGCAGCUCCCCGUUGAGCUUCUCGAAGAGAUUCUCUCCCACCUAGAGCCUGCAUCACUGGAAAGCGUCUGCCUCGUCUCUCGCGAGCUCCAGCCCAUUGCGGUCCCAUUUCUCUUCCGGGCUGUCACGCUGGACUUUGCUCGAGGAUUGCAGUUCAUGCGUUCAAUUGACGGGAAUCCCUCGUUAGCGAAGCAUGUGCAUUCAAUCACACUGCAUGAAGAUCACAUGGCCACCCUAGAACAUCAGGUCAAGUAUGCCGCUUACACUAAGAGACUCGAAAGUGUUAUUGCAACUUGCGAAAAGCUCCGGAAUCUUACCAUCAAAGCGCCCAAUAUCCGUGACGCCCUCAGUUCCAUGGCUUUUUCGAAUGACGUAAAUAUGCGCGCGCUUGCUGGGAAGGAAAAACCAUUCCAAACCUAUUUCGUCCCAAUCCUCCAGCCAUCAUGUUUGGCUAAUCUGCAGACUUGUGAACUCAAUCUGAGCGACGGGACUGGAUGGAACCUUGCCCAACGCGACUGCAUCUUUUUCCAUCCUCGGCUCAAACGCCUGUCGAUUCUAGGUGCCAUAAUUCCAGAAUUGAUAUCCUUCACCGAAAGUCACGGGCAUACCACGCCUUUGGAGGAGCUCUCCCUGAUGUGCUGCGACAUCAGUCCCAAAGCACUUGGCAAGAUCAGUUCGGUUCCCAGGGCCCUUCGCCGUUUCACAUACAUCGGGUCCCCACACCAACGCAUGUGCGGCUCGGGAGUGAACACCAGUAUGCACCAUAAGCUUUACUUCGAAGCCCUGGAGCCACAGGCCUCGUCGCUGGUGUACCUCAAUGUCAGCUUCUGGAAACGAAAGGUUUUGGACACUCCCGUUAUGAACUUCCAAUCCUUCUCUUCGCUAGAAUCCUUGACAAUCCAGCCUGCAAUCCUCCAGGGCAACAGUCAGGACUUUUUCAAUCUCACGCCGUUCACGUCCAAUCCCUUCCCCACCAGUCUAGAGCGUCUCAUGCUCUUCGAUGUGAGACUCAUGUUUCUUCCGUCAUUGGAAGCCAACUAUGUCUCUUCUCUGGGCCGAUGGAUCCUGGAUGGUUCGCUGCCGAACUUUACCAGGCUUACUUUUGCGAACCCGGACGAAGCGGCUAGGAUCCCGCCCCCUCAAAUCCCUCCCGAUCUUGAGGCAGCAUUCGAGGGUAAGGUGGUGGAACGGGUGGAAUUUAUCAAGCACAGACGAUUCCCCAUUAGUUGCGAUUGCUGCGAAUACAAUAUGGGCACUUGGGAAAUGGUGUUCUGA